GUAAAUAAGUUGAAACUUGAAAGUGACAAGAGUGAAAUUUCAACUUGUGGAUAUUAGAUAUAUCAUUUAAAUAAAAACUUAAUAGUACUGUUGAUAGUACAGUACACAGUAACUAAGAUUGUGACUAAAAUCUAAAUAGUAAAUACAAAUUAUAAAGAAAUUCUCCGGAAGACGGAGCAGAGUAGUAUAAUCAAAAGUAGUCUGUGACCUUCGUUAAGUGGAUAUAGAUGGUGUCGUAAAAACAAAAUUUUUGUAACAAAAUAUUGUUUAAAUUAAUGUAAUAUAAAUCAGUUGUAGAAGGGCCUCAUAAUAAAUUUACGUUUACGCAAACCAUUUCUAAAAAGAUGAAUGUAGUCAUCUCGAAUUCUCUGAAGCCUUCUUCCCCGUCCUAUAAAAAUCUUAAAUAUAAACAAUCACAGUCGCCGGUAGAACUUAAAGCAAAAAUUCGAAAGGAUUACAGAAAUAAGAUACGAAAUUGUCGUGAUUUGCUGCUGAACAAAUAUCGAGGAGAUUUAGAAGGAAACGAUCUUAAGGAAACUCUAACACAACUAUACAAAGAUGCUUUUAAAUUUAAUGACGAUUUUUCUUUUAAUAUAGAAGAACAUGAUCAACUUGAAGAGAUAAAAAAUGAGUUGAUACAAGAAGAGUUAGAUUGGUAUGUGAAAGAAUAUGAUAAGUCGAAUGGUGAAGAUUUUGACUGGUCCUCUUAUCAAACUGAAGAAAAUGUUAUAUGCCUUAUUUGUCAAAAGAAUAACUUUACACUUCUUUCAAAUAAACUCUGUUGUGAUAAUUGUAACAUUCAACUUAAUACUACCUCAUCAUUAAUUGAAAUCAAACGGGACAUAUAUGAGUCAAUAGAAAGGCAUAACAGUAAAUGUAAUAAUGAUAUACAAUUCUCUUUGGUUCCUGAAGACAGUGAUUGCCAUAUCUUUCUUAUAUGUGAUAAAUGUUUAGAUAUGCAGUUGGUUAUUUAAAAAUGUAAUGUUUUCUUCUCUUUGUAUCGAUUCUCAGUUGUUAUUUAUUACUUAAAGCAUAGUUGUUUAUAUAUAGUUUCUAAAAUUUAAUCUAGUACAUAACAUGUCUAGAAUGUUAAUUAUAUUAAAGAUUAUUAGUCUCUUCCUCUUUCAAAAAAUCAGAUGACUUAAUUUUAAAUUUAUAUGUAUAUUGACUGCUUUGUGCAUGAAGAACAUAGAAGUAUUACAGAAUCUCGACUUAUUCACUUCAAGUGAAUAAUUGACUUAAAUAAUAUCAAUGUUCGCAUUAUUGUACAAUAAAAUUUAUAACACAGCAAGUCUGUAUUAAUGAAGAAUAGCAUUUAAUAAUUGUACUGUCCAUCCUAUUACAAUCGAAAAUUGCAUUGUUUUUAAAUAAAUUUCAGUUCUGUUAAAUUUGAUUACUAAUAAAAGUCUUUGAUUAUUA